AUGACGACAUUAAUAACAAAAGCAUUGCUUCCACAUGUAAAGCAUCUCCGCAAGGUGUGCAAAAUUUCAAAAUUCAACCACACGUCAGUGCGCCUGGCAAGCAACAAUUAUCAAGCAGCAGUGUUCAAAUCAAAAGAUGCCACUGAACUAACUUUUGAAGAGAAGAAGCAACCCAAACUGAAAGACUCUCAAGUACGCAUAGCUGUUGCAUAUUGCAGCGUUAACAUCUACGAUGUGACUUCAUUCAGCGACACGACUCGAAAGUUUCCAUUUGUUCCUGGUUAUGAGUUCAGUGGUGAAAUCAUUGAGACUGGCAAGGAAGCAGCAAAACUAUUUAACAAAGAAGAUAGAGUUAUUGCAUUUAGUUUUGAUCACUGUGGUGGACUUGCAACUGAAUGUGUAGUGGAUUAUGAAGAUGUUUGGACAACACCUGCUUCCAUCCAGCUGAAAGAGGCUGCAGUAUUACCUUACAGCUAUGCUGCUGCAUUGUAUACAUUUGGAGUAAAGGCACCUAUUAAAGAGUGUAGUAAUGUUGUAGUUGCUGUGGGGCCUGCUGGUUCUGGACUGGCCGCUGUUGAUGUUGCUGCAAAUAUUUAUAAAGCAAAAGUUGUUGCUGUGACAGACACUGAGAAAAAUUCGGAACUUACACGUGAAAAAGGAGCUUUCACAACUUUACACUAUAAGGAUAACAUUGAAAAGCACGUUAUUAGUGCAUUUGGCAAUAAAAGGGCUGAUGUCAUCUUUGAUGCAGUUGGCGGUGAAGUUCACGACGUAGUAACAUCAUGUGUUGAUCAGAAUGGUAAAAUAUUUACCUUGUCUCCUGGAAAGGUGUCGCCACCACCGCCGCACUCUUCCUUGAUGCGGAUUAGUUUAAAUAGGCUACGCCAACAAAACCUACCAGAAUAUCGUCAAAUAGUGCAGGAUACGCUUGAAAUGGCCGAGCAGGGAAUGUUCACAGCGCACAUUAGCGAAAAGUUUGACUUUAAAGAAGUGAACAAAGCCGUAGAGUUCAUCAAGAGCAAAAAGUGUACUGGUAAAGUGGUUGUUAAAGUUAACUGAGUUACAAAUAUUGUAGAUUAAUGUAAACGUAUUCUAAAAUAAAAUACAAACGGAGUGUUGAGAUAUCCAAAUGAUUAUGUCAAA